ACAUAUUAUCAUGGCAGUAUAUGCAGUGGUGCAAAUAACAAUUUUGUUGUGAAUUUUGUCGAAAAUCAACAAACUGUGACAUUUGUAGUUUAUGUAGUGUUAUAUUUAAAUAAGAUGAUACUCAUAAUUUAAAAUAUUUUGUUCUAUAUUACUUUAACGGUAUUUAUAAAAAAUGUCCGUAUUCUUCGUAAAUGCAAAUCAGGAUAGUGAAAUUGAAGGCGAUUCAAAUGGAGAUUUACAAAUUGCAUCACCUGGUAAUUCUGAGGCUCAACAGGCUUUGACUCAAUUUUGGCCAAAGGUCACAGAAGAAAUAAAAAAAAUUACUACUAUGGAUUUAAAAACACAAUCAUUGCCACUUGCUAGGAUAAAAAAAAUAAUGAAAUUGGAUGGUGAUGUAAAAAUGAUAAGUGCAGAAGCUCCUAUGUUAUUUUCUAAAGCAGCAGAAAUCUUUAUACAUGAAUUGACAUUAAGAGCAUGGGUGCAUACAGAAGAUAAUAAAAGACGUACUCUUCAAAGAAAUGAUAUAGCAAUGGCAAUAACUAAGUAUGAUCAAUUUGAUUUUCUAAUCGAUAUAGUACCUAGAGAUGAAUUGAAACAAAGUAAAGCACAGACUGAAAGCACUGUACGUACUUCUAUGAACUCAGAUCAGGUACAUUAUUACUUUCAAUUAGCACAACAGCAAGCUUCUGCUAAUCAAAAUGUACAAAAUAGUAAUGCUACACAACCGAUACAAAUUGUACAACCUUCUACUGGGCAGAUACAAACAAUUAACAUUGGUAGUCCUGUAGAACAGGAAAGUACUACAGCAAGUACAGCACAGACUGUAACAGUGCAAAGUCCGCAACAAUCAUCAGGUCAACAAAUUAUACAAUUACAGCAGGCUCAACAAACACCUACAACACAAACUGGAGGAAUACAAAUUGUACAACAAAUUGUAACACCUAGUGGAGAAAUUCAACAAAUACCAAUACAAUUAACGCCUCAACAACUUCAGAUGAUUCGUAUGCAAGUACAAGGUGGAAGUAAUCAACCGAUCAUAAUUCAAACUGCUCCUAUACAAGCUCAACCUCAGCUGAUACAGGUUGCACAAGGUGCUCAAGCACCCGUUUUUUUACAAACUAGCGGAACUGACAAUGAGUAAAUAUUAAUUAAUUUUAAAGAAUAUUUAAUAUUUAA